GUGACGGCAGGACUUCCGUUCGGGAUCGGCGGGUGGCGGGUGGCGGAUGGCGGGAGCGCGGGGACCUGGAGCUGCGAUGGCGGCCGCAGCCGGAGGCUUGGGAGCCCUCGCCGGGGCGGCGGCAAAGUUAGCGCUGGGGGGAGAGAGGCUGCACCUACUACUUCGGGCAGGCUGCGGAGGGCUAGUAUUAUUCUGCAAUGCUUUGAUGUGGAUGUUUUUUGCAAAAGCCCUGCGAUAUCUGACUUCAGCACAAGCUUCCCUGACCAGUGUCGCUUCCAACUUCCUCUCAUCAGCUUUUCUUGGACAGUUGCUGUUUGGAGAAGUUCACGAGCUGUUAUGGUGGAUUGGCAUCACAAUGACCCUCUGUGGAUUGCUCCUGCUCCACACAGUUAAAGACAUGGACCGGAGUAACACUUACAAGAAAGAGGAAUGAGAUGGAGGCCAUGAGAGCAGGGAAGUACUUGGACUGUUGGGAGCACUGUGUGCAGUGGCGAUCCUGUAACAUCUUUUGUUGAAACAAUACAGAUUUUCCUCAGUAUUGUUAGGAGUAAAUAAGAUGCUGGUAGGUUCAUCCUGCUUUGUAUCUUGAGCAUCCAUUGAAUUCUUGGCUUAGGAAGCUCUGGACCAUCUCUCCCCACACAGCCUCCACUCCAGUUUCCCUCCCUUUUCUGUAGUGGUACAGUGAUUUCCAUGUACCACUCUGUGACACAUACUGCUCACUCCUAAUUAAAUCUUUACCCAGGAAUACCUUAUAGCUUCUAAAAUCAGAGUCAAGGUAACCUAGACUCCGGUAAGAUGGUGAUUGUUUAACGCUUAAAACUUUCACUCCGUUACAUUUCUUACCUUAGCAUGCUUUAUCUCCCUUUUUUAUCCCAGUUUGUUAAUUUUUUUUGCCGCCUUAUCUGCCUGCGAAUACACUUAUCUUCAAAUGGCUACAAACCUUCCUGAAUCUGGGGAAAAAGAAGUCUCUAGGUCUGCGACUGCCAAGAUUCUCUCUAUCUUGGAACAGCAUUGACAGGACAUUGUAUCUGAUUUUAAGUCUGAAUUUAAGUCUUUCAGUUCAUUGGAGUCAAAAUUGGAUCAAAUUAAUGCUAGAGUGGAUCAUCAUGCCAAACAUCUAUCUCACAUCGAUUUAACUUCCGAAGAUUUAAAACGCCACGUUCAGCAGCUGGAAGCUGUCUGUUCCAAUUUGACCAAGCAAAACACCAAGCUUACUCUCAAGAUGACCAAUCUUGAAAACCAGAACAGGUGUUAUAAUCUAUGAAUUCUUGGCUUGCCAGAGGCUAUCGAAAGGGGAUCUCCUGUUGAAUUUUUCUCUUCCUUACUUGGUGAGAUUUUCGGGAAGGAAUUUCUUUCGACCUCACUUGAGUUAGACGGAGCAUACCGGACAUUCAUAGCCAGGUCUGACCUGGGUUCUAGGCCACGUCCAGUAAUUCUCUGUUUUCAUCGAUAAUCAGGUGAAAAACCUGAUCAGGGAGGCACGCCGGAGGGGAAAACUGGAUUAUCGGGGUCAUGGCAUUUGUAUCGUUGAAGACUAUGCCCCUCAGGUUUUGAAGAUGCGCACUGAGUUCAAAGAUGUUAUGAAAGAGUUGUUUAAUCGUGGACUCAAACCUUCUCUCUGUAACCCUGCCUGUCUUCGAAUAACUCUUACUACUGGGGACUAUGAAUGGUUUAAGUUGGUCAAGGAGGCUCAGAAGUUUAUUGAAGGUCUCCCAGCCAUUUCGACUACCUCAGACUCGGUGUGACUUUCUAAAAUGGUCGAUAAGUACUUUUUUUUUAAAAAGCUUUCUUGUGGACUUAGAUUUUUUUUUGUGUAAUCCAGUCCACCUCCAAAUAACUCAAUACUGGGGACCACAAAUGGUUUUAGUUGGUUAGGGAGGCUCAGAAAUUUAUUGAAGGUCUCCCAGCCAGUUUACUAUAUCAGAUUUGUUUUUUUUUUAAAUGGUUGAUAAGUAUUUUUUUACAUUAAAAUUUUUCUUCUCUCUUUUCCCCUCUGGUUUCUUUUUAAAUUACUGUUUUUCUUUCAUAGUUUCCCCACGGGUAGACUAUUUUCGAUUAUUAUUCUGAAUUAAGUUUUUUUUUGAUGUAAUUGUUUCUCUUCAUCUAUAAUUUUGAUUUGUAGUGCAUACGUUCUCUAGUUUCUGUUAUACUAGUUAACGGAGCUUAUGUCGAUGUUAUAAAACUGCAAGUUGGAUUUUGGGGUGCCUUUUUUGUAGAGCUUGCUGCCUUCUGGGUAGUUAUCUAGUUUUGGGAUUGGAGGGUGGGGUGGGUUCUCUAGUGCCAACAUGAUUUAGUGCUUUUUUUGUUGUUUGUUAUUCAGGACAUUUUUUGCCUUGAUUUUAUUGACUUAUACCUUUGCUCCAGAACUGUUACUUGAAUGUUUGAUCCUGUUUAUGCUUACUACUGUCUAUGUUUUAAUAAUUGAUAAUGGUUAGUUCGUUGAAAUUUGUAAGCUGGAAUGUGAAGGGAUUGAACCAUCCUGUUAAAAGGAGGAAGGUGUUUCCACAUCUUAAGCAACUUAAAGCUGACAUUGCUUUUCUGCAAGAAACUCAUAUUUGAAGUUUUGACAAUUCUAGUCUUAUGUCAAAAUGGGUGGGUCAGCACUUCCCUUCUUCUUUCCCAGCCAAAGCUGGGGGGGGGUGGGGGGUUCUAUCCUUAUUAAUCAAGAUGUUCCUUUUGAGCUCCACAGUAAGGUAUCUGGUACAAAUGAUCAUUUUAUUAUUGUUUCUGGAAAGUUGUAUAAUACUAAAGUGGUAUUAGCUCAUUUGUAUGCUCCUAAUUUGGAUGAUGUGAAUUUUUUUUUCCUGAUUUGAAUUCAUGUUCUCUUAUACUGGGCGGUGACUUUAAUUGUUGGUUAGAUCCAGCUUUGGAUCGAUUGUCCUCUGUUCCUAGAUUACCUACUAAAUCUGCUUAACUAUUCAUUCUUUCCUUUCUAACUAUGGUAUCUCUGAUAUGUGGCUUUUUUUUAUCCUACUGAGAGAUUUUUUUUCACAUGUCCACUAUACUUUUACUAGAAUUGAUUUAUUCUUAAUCGAUAAUCGGCUGAUUUCAUUUGUUUACUCUUGUGAUUAUCAGAAUAUAUUGAUUUCGAAUUGUGCUCCAGUUACCUUGUCUUUAAAUUUCCCCGGUCUUCCUCAAACGAAUGUCAUUGGCAUUUUAAUCUGACUCUAUUAUUGGAUGAUGAUUUUGUAAAAUUUAUGAAGGAUCAGAUAACUUUUUUUAAACUCCAAUAUGUCAUCUGAAAUUUCAUCUCAGAUUGUCUGGGAUGUUAUGAAAGCAUAUUUGAGGGGUCAAAUAAUUUCAUAUACAGCGAAUCUCAAAAGAAAGACUCAUUUAGAACGAUUAGAUUUGAUCAGUCAGAUUAAAGUACCAGACCAACUAUAUGCCCAGACUAAAAAUCCUGAACUGUACAAGAAGCGAGUAGAACUUCAAACUAAGUUUGAACUUAUUUCCACUCAACCAGUUGAACGUCAACUUCUUGAAAGCAAGAGCCGAUUUUAUAUUCAUGGUGAUAAAUCUAGCAAAUUUCUAGUUAACCAAUUGAGACGCUGUAAAGCCAAACAACAUAUUACAAAGAUUCGAAUGGAGAACGGGAAUAUUACCUUGAAUCAUUCUGAAAUUAAUGAUUCAUUUAAGAAUUAUUACUCUCGACUUUACACCUCCAAAUCCUUAAAUGAUAAUAUUUCUGUUGACCUUUUUUAAAUGGUUUGAAUAUUCCUUCACUCUCCUCUGAUUUUAAAGCAAAACUCAAUGAGCCAUUAUCACUAGAAGAAGUAUCUUCUGCCAUUUCUGCACUGCUGUCGGUCAAAUCUCCUGAGCCUGAUGGGUUCUCUGCAGAAUUUUAUAAAUCAUUUUCCUCACUACUUUCAUCUCAGUUAUUUUAAGUUCUAUCUGAUUCGUUUAAACAUGGUGAAUUGCCACCAUCAUUUAAAACACAUCAGCCAUCAGCUGAUUGAGUGCACUUUUCGUGGUUUAUCGUGUCACGUCCACGGAAUGAAUGGAUUGUCUCUACCACUCCCUAGCGGAGAACAGUUACUGCCUGAUGAAUGGGCUUUAUGGUCAAUUUAGGGUUGGGGUACAGUCCAAUUUGAUGACAACGAGGGAUGUGAUGCCUUUGAUCUAAUGGUCUUAGAGGACUUGCCAAAUUCACUGAAUUGGGUGGAUUGUCUUUCCCUUUCCCUAGCGGGGAAUGGUUAUUGCCCAAUGGAGUGGGUUGGGGUUGGGGUACUGUCCUAUGUGGUUUGAUUGUUCAAUUCAAGGUAAGGUGACAAUGAGGGAUAUGAAGCAUUUGACCUAAUGGUAAUAGAGAACGUGAGCUUUGAUCAGACCUUUGACAUUCACCAUGACUAAAAAACACGGUAAUGUGCCAUUGUUGUGAAUUUUACUGUGUGUGCCUAUCUUUGAUCAAACCCAGAUAUGCCAGGAAGUUAUGGCACCUUCCCCAGGGUAUGCAGUCACAUUUCGUUUCUUACCUGUCACCCUGUUCGUCUAUCCGUCCAUGAAUGUCUGUAAGAUGUCAAUCACCAGCCGGAUUGUUAGACUGUAAAUGUUCUCACAAACAUCUUGAACCCAUUCGAGUUGACAAACUUCAGCAGCUUCUCAUUUUCCUUCGUCCAGAGACCUCUCGCUCCAACCACAAAUCCAAAAUAGUCCACAGAUUCUGCACAUGUAAGCUCUUUGAUCUGGCGUGUGAGAUGUUUAUAUUUGUCCUCCUUCUCCUUCUGUGCUCUUUCUGAUUAUUGUCCUCGUACCUGAUGGUAACAUCUACUACGGCAGCUUUCCCUCUCUUCACAAAGAUAAGGUCCAGCUUCCAUAACGAUCCAUCCUCUGGUCUACUAUGGGGUUCGAUGCUCGCAUCCCAACCUUGCUUACAGACCUCUUGUUUCAGUUUUUCUACGACCUUAUUAUGUCACUUAAUCCGGCUUCUUUUAAUGGAUAAGCGUCUUCCUGAGAUGUGGGCCAGGGUUUCAUUGGCCAUUCUGCAUCUCCUACAGGUUUUUACCCUCUCCUUAUCUCCCUUGUUUCUUGUACAAUACAUUGGAUAUUGUCCACAUCUCAGCAGCAGAGCAUCCAUGAUCUGGUAUCCUUUCCAUCUUUCAUGGUUCUGCAGCCACCAGUUAGAUGGCUCAUUGUUCUUCAAGUCCUUAAUUCCAGAUCCUUGUUGGGUCAGUUGGGCCCACUUGUCAAAUUCGGCCGUCCUCCAGUCCAACUCAAACUUCGGUGGCCCACUAUCCUCCUCCUCCAUCAUCUCCCCUAGAACGUUGCAUAGCAUAAAAGGAACUCGCAUCCCCUCCCCCAAGUAUGCUUCGAUAUCAAGUUCUCUCAUAACAUUCUUCAGCACCUGGAGAUUUGCCAGACUUUUAAUCUUAGCCUGGUUGUCCUCUUUGGCCAUCGUGAAAGAUGCUUUGAUUAUCUUAUCCUGUGAGAGCUCCAGUGCAAGCCUCUUCCUGAUCACGGCAAUCGGGAUCUGUAUCUCCAGCUUUGGCAGGUACAACCCUCCAUCACUCAUCCUGGCAUACUAUACCCCAUCAGUUGUGUCCUGGGGUAGGUAGAGGAUCUAUUUUGCCAUUGUCCUGAUCAGCUUGUUCAAAUCUGUGAGAGUUCUGCGAUGCCUCAUUGAGGGUAAGAUGGUAAUACAUCCUUGAAAUCAUGGAUGUCCUCAUGAGCUCAAUCUUCUGUAAUGGCUUGAGCUUAGCUGCCUUUAGACUAUGGAACCACAUAUCCAGUUUGUUUUUCCAAUUAUCACCUCUAAUUCUGCACCAUGGGUCAAUUUUCACCCCAAGGUACUUUUCAAUCUCACCUGGUGAAAUGAACUGAAUAUCUUUCCCAUCCAGGCUCAUUCUUUCUUCUCAUUGAACAAGUAUGUCUUCCUUUUACAUUCACGGUAAAACCCUUUUGUCUUUCUCACCUUAGGACACCUGCGUUACAGUGUGACAGGUGUACCGCCCCAGUCAAACUCCUGUUACGUAUUCAGGCAACAAUAAAUAUAUGAGUUCGGCAAGGGCUUUUAUAACAAACAACACGUUUAUUAAACACUGAAAACAAACCCCCCAAAAGUAAACAAACACUACCGUAACCGGAAACAGCUCUUAAAGCGAUGCAGCUCAAACAGUUCUUAAAGUGAUGUUGCAAAAACAGUUCUUUUAAGUAGGACUGCCACAAGUUCAAAAUGCUCACGGUUCAUUUAAGGGAGAGACUUUAUAAGACGAUUUAAAUUCUCUUUCACAUCGUUUUGCUUCGAUCCCUGACGUCGAACUUUUCCCACGCAGAAUUAACGAAUUUCCUUUAUCACACUGUCCUCAAUCUUCUGCUAUCCCGCAGAGAUUAACACAAGAACAGUCAACGAAUUCCUUCUCGAAUAAGGAUUAAAUAAGGUUGAACCUGUUUCACCGUCGUAAAUCAAUUUUCGAUCUUUAACUCCUGAACUCCGAUCUUCACUCUCCACUGAUUCUCAAACUAGCAGUAUUGUAAAGAACCUGCUGGCAAUGACCUUUUAAACUUUAGGCAUUAGAUAAAACUUCAUCUUUCAACUAAACUGCGUCAUCACAUUAAAUCGCGCAGUGGCAUGAAGUCAACAUGGCAAAUCCAGCCACGAACUGCCCCUCCUCACAGGGUGGGGUCUUCCUUUUAUAACCUGUAAAAAAAACCUGUCACAUGAUCUCUACUGGCGGGAAAAUGAAGUCACUCCACCAUAACAAGACCAUUACCUCAAGUCCAGUAUAGCUUCAACCCCAGUCACGUGACAAGGGUACCACUGUCAUGUGUCACGAGUACGUAACACUCCCCACCUGCCACUGUCCCUGUAGUGGGUUGUGCCCGGGCGCUUCCGACCAGAAGCGAGAGCCCCUCGGGGCU